AUGCAGUCACCCUUUAAGAAAUUAAUAGUAAAAUGGUUUAAUGUUACCAAAUAUGCAGCAUGGGUUAACCAGUAUGGCUGGGCUGUUUAUGAUGCAGGGAUGGAUAUCCUUGCUACUCAUAACCUUGGAACAAAUAGUCGUAGGUACAAAGAUUUGUAUAAUUUACGUGAUAUAAUCCACACUGGUAAUCUGGCACCAAAUGGUUGGAGCAACUGGUGA